UGCGUCAGCAGCAGUGUGUGUGUGUGUGUGUGUGUGUGUGUGUGUGUGUGUGUGUGUGUGUGUGUGUGUGUGUGUGUGUGUGUGUGUGUGUGUGUGUGUGAGCUGAUGGGCGGAUCCACACUGAAGCAGGCCGGGCUGAGAGCUGCAGAGGAUCGGGCUCAGGUUAUAUAAAGCUCCGCAUGUUCCAGCUUUGGAGCUUCCACACAGUAGAACAACCACCACCCACGACCGAACCACCUUCUAAGGGGUCGCGCAACGGCAUCCACACUGGAGCUUUAACAUCACAUCAACGGGUGCAGGUAUCCCGUUUAAAGCGCCACGAUCACCCGACAUCCGAUUAGCUCAGCGAGUUUAACCGCUCAGGCUAAAGGACACCGUUGUUGCCGUCAACCACCGAUCCAAAGAGAGUCCCAAAAUCAGGAAGGAAAAUGGUGCAGAACAAGAUCACGACAGGAACCGGAUUCCAUCGCUCUUUCAAGGGCCAAAAUCCUUUCGAAGCGGACGAGUUCACCAGGAACGGGUCGCACCUCCUCGAUUCCGGCUUCAAUUUUGACCCCGCUCGCCCCGACAUGCCAGCCAGCCGGCCGAUCGACAUCCCCGACGCCAAGAAGCGAAACAAGAAGAAAAAGAGGUGCAGGGCGACCGACAGUUUCUCCGGACGGUUUGAAGACGUGUAUAAGCUGCAGGACGAAGUUUUGGGAGCGGGAGCCUACGCAAAAGUGCAGACGUGUAUCAGCCAGAUCACACAGAAGGAGUUAGCCGUGAAGAUUAUAGAGAAGAGACCUGGACACAGUAGAAGUCGAGUGUUCAGGGAGGUGGAGAUGCUCUAUCAGUGCCAGGGCCACAGAAACAUCCUGGAGCUGGUGGAGUUUUUUGAGGAGGAGGACAAGUUCUACCUGGUGUUUGAGAAACUGAGGGGAGGCUCGGUCCUGACCCACAUUCACAGAAGGAGACACUUCAGCGAGCAGGAAGCUAGCAUUGUGGUGCAGGACAUUGCAAGCGCUCUGGACUUCCUGCACAACAAAGGGAUGGCCCACAGAGAUCUGAAGCCAGAAAACAUCUUAUGUGAACAUGCAGACAAGAUUUCUCCAGUAAAGAUUUGUGAUUUUGACCUGGGCAGCGGGAUCAAGCUGAACAGUGACAGUUCUCCCAUCUCCACCCCCGAGCUCCUCACACCGUGCGGUUCGGCUGAAUACAUGGCGCCCGAGGUGGUGGAGGCGUUCAACGAGGAGGCCACCAUCUACGACAAGCGCUGUGACCUGUGGAGCCUGGGGGUCAUCCUGUACAUCAUGCUGAGCGGCUAUCCUCCGUUCGUCGGCCGCUGUGGGAGCGACUGUGGCUGGGAGAUGGGCGAGCCGUGCCACGCCUGCCAGAACACGCUGUUCGAGAGCAUCCAGGAGGGGAAGUACGAGUUCCCCGAGAAGGAGUGGGCUCACAUCUCCGCCGGCGCCAAAGACCUCAUCUCCAAACUGCUGGUCCGGGACGCCAAGAACCGGCUCAGCGCCGCUCAGGUCCUGCAGCACCCGUGGGUGCGAGGGGGUGCUCCAAACUCCUUCCAAUCCUCCAUCCUGCUCCAGAGGAACAGCAGCGCCAAGGACCUGACCUUCUUCGCCGGACAGGCCAUGGCCGUGAACAGGCAGCUGGCCGAGCAGGACGACCUGGAAGCGCAGCGCCAGGAGGGCGAGGCUCCUCAGGUGGUCACGGCGGGCGCCUCCUCCAUGCGCCUCUCGCCCCCCUCCAACUCCAAACUGGCCAAGCGGAGGCAGAGGAGCAGCAUCAUGAAGGGAGGGCCGGUGUCGGCCGCCGAGCUCAGUCAGCUCCUCGCCCCGCUGGUCCUGAUCGGAGACUGUUAACCUCCUCCUCAGAAAACAGAAAUACCUCUUCCAAAAUAAUGCUCAGUCGUUCGGAUGUCGGGUCCUUCUAUGCAAACGGGACGUUCACCCCCAGACCCGGGUCGCUCCCCGUAACGGCACUUCCGUCAGCCCGAGUCCGAGGCACGGACGAGCAGGAGCGGAGCGUUUCUAAAGCCAGCCGCUCGAACACCAAAGGUCUACAAUACUCGCGACCCCCCGUACCCCCCGUACCCCCUGGACUGUCCUCCUCCUGUGCUGCUGCCACGCCCCCGCUGGAUCCACUGUGAAUUUUUUUAUCUCAAUGAGAAGACCUUUCUUUCAGGUGUGUUUGGGCAUCACGAUUCCUGUCCUCCCAGUGCCUCCCAGUGCCGUUUUCAAAGCCUUCCAAUUCCACACGUCAGCACAUAAAGAUAAAUCACCGAUCAGAUCAGACUUUUAGGCAACAGAAAAUGCACUUAAUUCUUUUUUUUCCGCAUUACAGGCAAAUCCAAAAUAUAAAUCUACUUUUUGAAGCUACAACAACGAAUCACAGACCAAAAAUACCCCCCCCCUAAGCUCUGAACAAUGAGCACAGCUCGUUUUGCAACCUAUUUAUGCAAAAAGUCAUCAGUAAACACACAUUUAAGGCAUAAAUACACCUGUAGAUCGAUUGUUUUGCAGUCCUGCGUUUUAAAACUUUAAAACAGUUUUUGUUGGUUUUUUGAAACCGUGGGGGAACUCAUGGGGGGAGGGACGACAAAUUUAAGGGCAUUUUCAUGCACAAUCCUGAUCCUAAAGGUCCCAAAGUUGCACAGUUAUUUAGUUAAUCUAAAUGAGAUGUCUCUAAUUCUAAGGUCAUGUGAUCUUCCGAAAAGCUAUAUAUUAUAUUUAAAAAGCCCAGUUAUCAGGUUUAAUAACAUCUUUAGCCAGAUCUUCCAGAUUUCUCGUGCACAAAGCAUGUUGGCGUUUGUAAUGCAGAUGUAAUUUCCAUCUCUGAACCAAUUUGCACAAGCAAAUAAGCACAUAAAUAUCCUGUGAUUAAUAUAUGUUAAAGAAUUAGUCAUUAUAAUUCACAUCUAAUCUACGUAAAGGGUCACGACUGUACCACCUCACUCGAGCAAACCAAACCCAAAGAUUUUUACUAACAUUAAGAAUCCGUGCCCAGGUGGCACAGUGGGAUAUUCCUCUAGCACACCAGCUCCGAGAUUCUGAACUCCCCGAGUCGGGUAUCUCUCAGCAGCGGAAGACAAAUUGAGUCGCUAAAUUGAGAGGAAAAUGGGGAGAAAAUGCAUAUAAAUAAAUAAAUAAAUAAAUAAAUAAAAUGAAGAAUCUUACUGAAAGUUUGGACGAUAUUUUAGGAAAUAUUACAGAUUUUUUGCAGUUAUCGAUGCAUUUAAGAUAAUUCAGCGAUUCUGCCCCCGGUUCCGCCUCAGUCGAUCACAUUUAAUGAUAUUUUAUUCAUUUUAAAGCUGCAUUUCAUCAAACUCUCGUUCGCUCGGUGAUGAAAGCACAAAGCACACACAGUGUUGACGUGACCGUGUACCAACCUCAGCUGGUCGUGGAAUGAAAGGCUUUGAAAAUUUCGGUCAAGGUACCGACGCUUGGUUCCAUGUUCUGAUCAAACAGUCGCCUUGUUGGCGCCACCAAAUACAGGAAGAUUUACGACUCUUCAAAAUAUUAAAAAAAAUGUUUUUCUUAAAGUAAAAAAAAAUAUAUAAAAGGAAGGAAAAGCAUUCCAGGGGAGAGAGAGAAAAGCUUUGAUUAAAAAAAAAAAAAAAAAAAAAAAAGUCUUCCAAGGUGGUGUGUGGUGUGUGUGUGUGUGUGUGUGUGUGUGUGUGUGUGUGUGUGUGUGUGUGUGAGAUUGUGUGUGUGUGUGUGUGUGAGAUUGUGUGUGUGUGUGAGAUUGUGCCACUGAUGUUUUAAGCAUUUAUUAGAAAUAUUUUGGUAUCCUCAUCUUUACGUCGGUGCUGUUCAAACCUUCAGGUGAAACACCACAUCGUUCUUUUCUCUCUUUUUGUUAUUUUUAUUUCAUUUCUUUUAUCUCCCGGGUUUUAGCGCGUCCAAUUUUUACCUGAUUGAGAGGCGUGGGCAGUGACGUGCUCUCCUCGGAUGCAAUCGAGUAUCCCUCAGCAGUGGAGGAUAAAUUGAGUUGCUAAAUCGGGAGGAAAAUGGGGAGAAAAUGCAUUAAAAAUAUAUAAAUAAAUACAUAAAUAAAAUGAAUAUUUUAGGAAAUAUUGCUGAUAAUUCGCAGUUAUGGAUGCAUGCGAGAUCAUUCAGUGACUCCGGAUUGCGUUACGUUUCCUCUGUACUGGUGCUGACCGCCAACCUGAUUGAGCAGCAGUUAUGAGCUCCCUAUCCGGCUCCCUACCUGGAUGAACAACAGCCAGUCGGAUGGCAGAGCUGAGAUACGAUACGAUACGACGUAUUCGAGAUCCCAGCUCUGGUGUGCUAGCGUGUUUCACCGCUGCUCCACCUGAGCGGCUAUUAGUGAUUUUGAUUCUUUAACGUGAUGUUUGUAAGUAUUGGUUGGACGUGAUGCUGUUGGAAGACGCACAGACGUGAAAAGGAAGGAAAGUCAGAAACGACAGAGAAUUGUUUCCAUAGUUGAAGAGAAGCAGAGGUGAUGUUUUACUGUUCAGUGUUUCUGGUGACGGAUGUUUUUAUUUCUUGGUUUAAUUUCCACCUCGAGUACAUUCAUGAUGCAGGAUCGUGCUGCAGGAAAUGAAGCGAGCUCUUUAAAUACCGAAACCUGAUGGUUUCGUGGGUCGUACUCGUUCCUGUUCCAAAUCCUGUCGAAUGUUAACCGAGCGCCUCCAGCACAGCGAGUGGCGCUGUUUUUUGUUUUGGGGGGGUCGAAUGAAUGGCACUCGAGCCUAUUAGUUGAGAAUAGGACACUGAUUGUAAUUUUUCUAUACGUGUGUGUGUGUAUACGUUUCUACGUGCAUCUUUCGUGGAGGUUUAUGUCUUAUAGUAAGACGUACUUGAACUGUAACGUUUGUGCAGCCGUUUUCUCACGUUCGCUCGGAAUCUUUUCACACGACGAACGAGGCGCGAGAACGAUCUCUUGGUUUGAAAAAUCAUUUCAGCCAAUCUUGAUUCAGUAUUUUAUUAUUAUUAUUAUUUUAUAUUUACGCCUGCGCUCUUAUUACCUGUAAUUCUGUUUAAACAGAAUAAAACAGACUUGUUUUCUUCUCAAAUGUGAAGAGCAUCGUGGCCUUGACUAACUGCGCCGCCGUUUCACCCAUCCAUAAGUUAUGGGCCGGCUUGUAUUAGAACCCAGGAUGAUUCUAAUUCUUGGAUUUCUUUCCGUUCGGUUGGUGGUUGGAGGAUCGUUGGUAGCAUUCAGACGUCUAGAAUAAAAACAGCUGUAAUUACUAUUUUGAAUUGAGUUCUAAAGGGUUCAGGUUUUAUUUCCUAUUGUUCUUAUUUUGACCCUUUUUAUCCUCCAACCUGAAGCUUUGUUUUUAUUUCCUUGUUCUCUUGUACUCAGCACUGUCUGUUUCCCCUUAAACACAAAUGACUAACGGGGACGAAUCCAAAUCGCAUCACGGUUUCAUCAAGUGGGAUUUCUCUCAGAACAGGUUCCUCAGGAACAGGAACCGCUGCCACGUCCCGUCACCUCGAGCUGUGGUGAAAUCCCACUUCCUGAAACGAUCUGUUCUGGGGGUUUUAUUUUAUUAUUCCUCAGGAUUCUGAUAAAAUGUUGAUCUAAAGAAGCACUUUACUGUACCACGUGGCUGAUCUCAGUUCACUCGAAGCAGAACUUUUGACUGUUGUUGCAGGACUUUUGUAUUGUUUUCUAAUGAAAAGGAACAAUAAAACGCUUUGAACCACA